ACGGCAGCUUCUGAGAUGGGAGUCCGGGACAAUGGUGGAUACAACGACGAUGAGGACGGCAGCUUCUCCUGGCUGAAGGAGAUGGGAGUCCAGGACAAAAUCAAGAAGCCAGACAGCAUCACCAUCCAACUUCGUAAGGAGGGCCACGCCGUGUCUCUGGACCACAAGCCAGAGUCUGUGGUGUGCGUGGAGGGAUCACACACCUUCACCCUCAUCAACUUCCUCAUCAACUGUAAGAGUCUGGUGGCUGCAGCGGGUUCCCAGGCCGGGCUGCCCCCAACCCUGCUGGCUCCAGUGGCUUUCAGAGGAGCUGCAAUGCACACACUGAAGGCCCGCAGUGUGAAUGUGAAGAGUCAGGUUGGUUCAACAUACCAGAACAUCAGCAGUCUGGAGAUAACAGGACCCAUCCUCCCCUCCUCCCUCCACACCAUCACAACCCUCCUCCGGUCCGCACAGAAAGGAAACUUCUCGGCUACUCUUUACACACACACACCUACUGCCGUCAUGAACACACGCACCACCAAGGAGCAGGUUGAUGUUGGUGCGGUGGACUUGUCUGGUUGUGGUCUGCAUCCUGCUUCAAUCCAGCAGUUUCAGCAGCCCUCCAGCCUGGGCAAGACUGCCCUGACUCACAUCAACAUGAACAACUACAGCUACACCUGGAAGAACUGACGCAGGGAAGCGCCGAUGACGCAGUUUCAGAAGACGUCGUUUUUAAAAGAAACAUAAACUCAGAAGAGAGUUCUGAUUUAACUUCCUGUUUGAAAAUGCUUUUACACACAGAUUUUAGUAAAUUGUACUGUUAUUUUUCAUCUUUCUUUUAAAUCUCGCUGUGUUCUUGUUAUAGAAUUGUUCUGACUGUUUUAAUGUAGAUAGAUACAUCAUUUAUUUGCUCCUGUGAAAAUGUGUUUUAAUUAUUUCUAAUUAUUUUUUAUUUGGAACAAUACAGUGCUUUCUUUCCAGUGCAACUUUUAUCCAAUGAAAUUUCAGGUGCACUGUUGCACGUCUUGAGGUUGUAUUCCACGACAGGAAUGAUGAGGAAAUAAAUAUGUUCUGUGUGCAGUUUAUUGAGAAA